AUGGCUUCAGCCGCAAAUCUGACAGCCCUGCCAAAGUCGAAAGCACAUACUAAGAACGGCUCUGCGUCCUCCGCUAAGCCUUCAGACGAGAGUGCGGCCGCACAUCACAAUAAGACACCAAUAUAUGAAAAUCCGGAUUUCGAACAUCCAGAUCAGCUAAGCUCAUGCGGUCCAAAAUACAACCAGAAUAUCGAACAGCUCGUAAUCGUUUGCUGUCAUGCUAUCUUCUAUCCCGAUGUCGAGGCGCCUAAUUUCCCUACACACAACCCCCAUGAUGAGGGCAACUGGCACCUCGCACCAUUUCAGAAGUCAGACGCAGCCACAGGGAAGCCUGGUGAGCAUGAGACAUUUCUUGCGCACAUCAAAGCAAGCCUCGACACUAUGACAACUGGUAGUAACGCAACUUGGAAAGAGGAUGUAGCGUGGAACCAAGACAGCACGAUCUUGAUCUUCAGCGGCGGCGCUACGAAACAAAGCCUUACGCCAUUGAGUGAAGCACGCUCUUAUUACCAUGCAGCGCUGGCUGAUGAGCUUGCUCAAGGGCAUAUCGGCGGCGGACGUGCCCACCAGCUAUACAGCCAAGGGCGCAUACUCCUCGAAGAGCAUGCCACAGACUCUCUUCAGAACCUACUGUUCAGCAUCCUGUUAUUCCGGCAGACUAUCGGACGUUAUCCAAAAAACAUCCGCGUCAUUACACAUGCAUUCAAAUCGAGACGGUUUCUAGAGCUACAUGCACCCGCAAUUUCAUGGCCGCAAGAUCGCAUCCAAGUACAGGGUAUGGACCCGGUCAUGUCAAGUGCCGACAUAGAAAGCACCUUGAAAGGCGAAGAAAAGCUUGGGUACGCUCCCUGGCAGGAGGAUUCGCUUGGGACAGGAGAGCUGUUGAGCCGGAAGAGGAAGCAAAGAGGAUGGAGUGACGUAGACGCUCAGAAGCUCACGGAGGGACUGGAAGAGAGUGUCAUCAAGUUACUUGAUGGUGAGACUUCAGAGGAGCUGCCUUGGACACGCAUGCCCAAGCGAGAAGUGAAGACUUCCACAAGACCUCCGCCGUUUCGCUACUAG